UUUCCCAUUACUUCUUCAUACCGAAUUUGCAAAUUGUCAUUGAAGCACAGACUUUGGGCUAACAGCCUACCGGUAGGCUACUUCAUUUACUAGAGCAUACCGCCACCCUCUGGAUGGGUAACUUUUUGGACAACAUAGAAAAAACGUUUCAGUGCUUUUUGGAAGAAAGUCAGACAUAUUUCCACGGGAAAGCCAUUGGAGGGAUGGUGUUCGUCACGACAUGGAAACAACGAGAAAUGUCUUUGUAAUUGUGCUUCUAAAUUUCAUAUUUUGGGGAAUUUACAGCCAAGAACUAAAUCCCAGAGGUAGAAAUGUAUGCGAAGCUGGGCUCCAAUGCUGUAGUGGCUUCGCACAGCAAGGAGAUGAGUGCUUAAUACCAAUUUGUGAGAGUAACUUCACCUGCAAAGAGAAUGAAGUUUGUGUGCGACCCAACGAAUGCCGCUGUCGUUCUGGUUAUUUUGGAGCCACUUGUGACACGAAAUGUCCGUCCCAGUUCUGGGGACCUGACUGUAGGGGUAAGUGUGACUGCCAUCCCAACGGGAGUUGCGAGGAUGUCACUGGGGCCUGCACCUGUAACCCUAAUCGCUGGGGGCCAAACUGUGAGAGAGCCUGCGAUUGCCAGAAGGGCCAAUGCAACCAGGAGACAGGCGCUUGUACGUGCUACGCAGGCUUCUGGGGCUCCCAGUGCUCCAACAACUGUCACUGCAGCAUCAACUCUGUGUGUGAUGUGGGAACGGGCCAGUGCCACUGCAACCCCGGCUGGUAUGAGAGGAACUGUGCUGCUCAGUGUGCCUGCAACGGUUCUCCGUGUGACCAGCUCACCGGGCGCUGCAAGUGUCGACAGCGUUUGUGGGGUACUCAUUGCGAGCGCAUGUGCCAGUGUAUCCAUGGACGCUGUAACCAGGCGGAUGGAUCGUGCACCUGCAGGCCAGGAUUUAGAGGGAAGUUUUGCAGGGAGCCGUGUCCAGCUGGGUUCUACGGACAGAAUUGCAGAAACAGGUGUGGUCACUGUAAAGGCCAACAGCCCUGCAAGGUGGCAGAGGGACGUUGCGUUGCAUGUGAACGUGGUUGGAAUGGCACCAGGUGUGACCAGAUGUGUGCUCCUGGGUUCUUUGGUGAAAACUGCGAGGACGUGUGCUCACCCUGCAAAGAUGGACACUUCUGCAACCGCAUCGACGGCUAUUGUCCCCACUGCAACCCUGGUUGGAUGGGUGAUCGAUGUGAGCUCAAGUGCCUGAAUGGAACCUAUGGAGAGAACUGUGUCAGUAACUGCAACAGCUGCUUCAAUGGGAUGUGUCACUUCGCUACAGGAGAGUGUCUCUGUGACCCUGGCUUCUCUGGUGCCUACUGUAAUGUGAGCUGUUCAGAGGGUCAGUAUGGGGUUAACUGUGCCCAGAUCUGUUCCUGCCAUGACAACAACUGCAACACAGUGACUGGAGCAUGUAACCUACAGCCUAACCAGAGGAUGGGUGUGAUGGCAGCAGGGGUGCUGGUCACCUGUCUCCUCCUCCUGCUCCUCUCCUUGUUGUGUUGCUGCUGUAUCUGUAGACAGAACAAACAGAACGACCCUGAGAAAAAAUCCAAAAGAAGACUCUGUGGAGGGUUUACACGAAUCAGCUCUAAGCUUCCUUGCAUCCCACUGAGACGGCAGAAGCUACCCAAAGUUGAUGUGUCCCACCAUGACCCUGAGAAUACUUUCAACUGUAGUUUCAUCGAGCCCCCCUCCGCUGUAGAGCAACCCACCACCUGCGGGUCGUCCCGAGCCUCCUCUUCCGUAGAGACCACAGGGGAUGGACAUGUCUAUGCUGUCCCUGACGAACCUGGAGAACAGAACAAAAAUAAAGGGAACAGAAUCAACACAACAGAGACUAGAGUACUGGCUGAUUAUGAUGAUAUCUCUGAGGUAGACACAUUGCCGGAGAACAUGGACAUGACUAUGCAGGUCUCAGUUAACACCAGUGAGCUGCCACUCCACAGGUCCUCAGAGAAUGAGGGCUCCUGCAGUGGCACAGAGUCAGCCAGCAGCAUCCGCCUCCGGGCCCAUGCUCCGCAGCCACCCCAGCAGUCCAGCAAGGAGAACAGUGUAGGGUCAAACACCGUCAAAGAUAAUGGAAAGCCUAUAGCUGCUGAGAGGGUUAAACCUCGACCACCAGACCCCUCCACAAAGCCAAAGCUAUCCUGGGUCCAUGCAUCUCCUGGGCCGAAACAGAAUAAUAUAAGUCAGGAAAAGACUGUGGCUGAGGAGAAAAUGAGUUCCAGGAAGAAAGCCAGCAAGCAGCAAGCUCCCGAUGCCGCAGAGUCUGCAUGUACAGAUGGGGCUGGCUUCCAAGGGGAGAAGAAGCCAACUAAAAACAGAUCAGGUAUGUUGCAGAUAGAGCACAUCAACGGGGCAGUGCAGAGUGUCCUCAGGAAAAUGGGCAACUUCCAUGCUGACCGGAAGCCUGAAAUCCCCAGAGAGUCCGCAGAGAACAGCCCCAGUUUAUCCCUAAACAGGGAAGUUAACCAACUGAACAUACACUCGGAGGCAGCCUCUCUCUUAGCUGCUCAGCUGAAGGAGAAGACUCAGAGCCUGAACAGGAGUGAGACCGGCUGCUGUGAGGAGAGCCUGUCUCACCUCCAGGCCCAUAGAAAGAAGCCCACCUCGCCCCAAAAGACCACGGGCACCCAGCCUGGAGCAAAGGCUCUGCUUCCCACAUCCGCUAGUUCACAGAAGCCUCUGCCAGAUACGCCAUCUAAAGAAGCCAAAAUCCCAGAGAAACAGGACUCUACCCACUCUGAAAGCAGUUCAGAGAAGGGAGACUCCACAGUAAAGAAGGCCCCAAUGACAAAGCCUCCUCGAAAAAAAAACAAGGAAGGAAAUAUAGACGCAAAAACAAAGACUAUUACUCCAAGGUUGCAGUGACGCCACCUCAGGCUGCAAGUAAGUGUGGUCAGUGUUGAUGAUUUUAAAUUCUGAGAAAACAACACACAUGUUGAGAUGUCUGAAAUAUAUUUUGGGACACAUUUGUUUCAUUUUGUUUAGCACCAAAUCGAAUGUCGAUGGAAUAUUUUCCCUUCUGUGGGUGUUUUUCAUCUUGAGAAAUGUUAUGAUAUAGUGCAGUAUUCUUUAUAUUUUAACUUUUUAUUUUCCUUCACCAUAGCUAUUCUCAAAUCAAUGUAUUGUAUAACAGUGAGUGCUACGAGGUCUGAAUACUUAUUUACCUUGAUCAAUCGUCAUUAUUGUACCCAACAUUUUCUAAUUUGUUCAUAUUGAAUAAGCCAAACACCCCAAAAACCUGGAUUUUGUAUCUCCUAAAUGUUUUAAGUUGGAAAGCCGAUCCCACUGCCCAGAACUGUGAAGCCACAUCAGGGCCUCAGACAAACAAGAGGUGUGUUGUGUUGAUGGUAGAACAGUUUGGGGUCUGUGUUGAGGACCCUGGGGCUGUCUGACACAUGUGCUGCAGUUGUGUGUGCAGUUUCUGGGGGGAAUGGUAGACUUUGAUGCAGCUGUAAAGGCUACAGAAGAUCAUAUGGUGUUUAAUUGAUUACAGACUGUUGGUGCCGGUCAUCCUGAAUCCAUGCUGUGACCUGCUUAGACAGGAACAUCUCUCAUUUGCUCUCAGGACUCUCAGACAAAGCAAAGACCCAUUUAAGAGCAACAAGGUCCUGAAAAUAAGUUAUUUAACAUAAGUCACACAGUAAGAUUGGCAGAUGACCAGCUGCCUUAUUGUGAAAGGUAGAUCAUAUUGAACACAUUGAUGCUUUCAAGACAUGAAGACAUGGCUGCAUGCAUAGGCGCUAUUGCAUCAUUAUUUAAUUCUAGAAGUUUUACUGUGGAAAAGGUAUGGGGCCUAGUGGUGGGAUGAGGACUAGAAUUAUGUUUUGACUGCCUGUUUAAACAUCUCCCUGGAGCUUGGUCUAUAACGUAAUGCCAAGCAUUGAGAAGCAACUGCCAACUCAACCAUGUCCCAGAAUACUAUUGGGAGACAGUGGCUACCAUAGAGACACCAUAUGAAAGCAUUAACAUCUGGUAGCCAUUACAUCGCUGGAGUUAAGCAAAGCAGAAAACCUAGAGUGAAAAAACACCUAAAUGUCAGAAUGGCCUAAUUGGAAAACUAGACCACAGUAACAAACAUAAGUUGUUACCUAAAUAUGGUUGAAAUUGUUGUCUUAAUGUAUUUUGAAUGCCAAGACGGUAUAGGAUCAUUCAUUGAUAAUUGUAUUUUUCUGAAAUUUAGCAUAAAUGAAUAUUCUUUGGAUAUGGGCCAUGGCUCCAAAAGGACUGUAUAUCACACCGCAAGCAAUUGGCAGGACUUUUCUAUGGGCAUGAUUACCUGUUUAUAAGUGUCUAGUCUAUACUCACUGUGAUAUGAAUGGGACAUUGUGGACCUUCUGUGUAAGCUACAACAUGUUCUUUUCAUUUACUGUUUGCUGAAACAGGAAUGGAAAAUGCAGACAUCAUGAAAUUUCAUGAUUGGAAACAAACACAGCCAUACAACGACCCAGAAUGAACAGACAGGAUCAGAGUUUUAUGAUGUAACUAGGGUUUCAAAAAUUUGGUAACUUUCCCCAAAUUCCCAGGUUUUCAAAAAAUCCUGAUUGUAGGAUCCUGGAAAUCAUGCUUAUUCCCUCUUGAUUCCAUUCUUUUUAAACAGUUCCUCUGGCUGCUACUAAUCUUGAUAAAAAGUAAUUCCAUCAAAA